AUGCCGACAUCACCACUCCCCCGACUCCUCCUAAUGGGCCUCUUCGUCGUCCAUACGAUGGCUGGUAACUGCUGCUGGAGAGACAGCUGGGGAAACAGCUUGCAAGACACCGGAUACGGCAAUAGGAACUACAACUAUGAUACGCUAUGGCUCACAUGGGACGAGCCUGCACAGGUCGUUCGAUGUGGUCUCUCUGGCAACUUUCAGCCCGGAACGAAGUGCUCAGUUGCAACCUUCAAGGACGAAAACGGCAACCUUAACGCAUUAACGAACAUCACCUUUGGUAGCGACCCUCAGCCCUUCCAGUUUCGCCUAGGUAUUAAUCCAGGGAGCUGCGACCCUUUGCCAAACGAUAAGGUCGUCACCGGCUGGGAAGGUUGGGGAGUGUUCAUGUGGGAGGGCCAUGAAUUUGCCACAGAGCCGCUGGGACUUUGCAAUACGGACCAUUCAGCCUGA